AUGGUGCUAAGGGUGGCUCAGACAGGCUUCGUGGUCCUGGUGCUGCUCCAGAGCUGCUCUGCGUACAAACUGGUCUGUUACUACAGCAGCUGGUCACAGUACAGGGACAGUUUGGGGAGCUGCUUCCCAGAUGCCAUCGACCCCUUCCUGUGCACCCACGUCAUCUACAGCUUCGCCAACAUAAGCAACAACGAGAUCGACACCUGGGAGUGGAAUGAUGUCACCCUCUAUGACACGCUGAACAUGCUCAAGUUAAGGAACCCCAACCUGAAGACCCUCUUAUCUGUUGGAGGAUGGAACUUUGGUUCUCAAAGAUUUUCCAAAAUAGCAUCCAAGUCUGGGAGUCGCAGGGCUUUCAUCAAGUCGGUGCCACCAUUUCUGCGAACCCACGGCUUCGACGGGCUGGACUUGGCCUGGCUCCACCCUGGGCGGAGAGACAAGCACUACUUCACCAGGCUGGUCAAGGAAAUGAAGGCUGAGUUCGCGAGGGAAGCCCAGGAGGAAACAAAGCAGCAGCUGCUGCUCAGUGCCGCUGUGUCCGCGGGGAAGGUGACCAUCGACAGUGGCUACGACAUCGCCCAGAUAUCCCAACACCUGGACUUCAUCAGCCUCAUGACCUAUGACUUUCACGGAGCCUGGCGUCAGACCACAGGCCAUCACAGCCCCCUGUUCUGAGGCCAGAUGGAUGCGAGCUCCGACAGAUUCAACAACGCUGACUAUGCGGUGGGCUACAUGUUGAGGCGGGGGGCCCCAGCGGACAAGCUGGUGAUGGGCAUCCCGACCUUUGGAAGGAGCUUCACCCUGGCCUCCUCCAAUUCCGGUGUGGGAGCCCCAAUCUCAGGGCCCGGAUUGCCAGGCCUCUUCACCAAGGAGGAAGGGACCCUGGCCUACUAUGAGAUCUGUGACUUCCUCCACCAAGCCACGGUCCACAGACUCAAUGACCAGCAGGUCCCCUAUGCCACCAAGGGCAACCAGUGGGUGGGGUACGAUGACAAAGAGAACGUCCAAAAGAAGGUGCAGUACCUGAGAAACAGGCAGCUGGCCGGCGCCAUGGUGUGGGCUCUGGACUUGGAUGACUUCCGGGGUGCCUUCUGCAGCACAGGCGUGCACUUCCCUCUCACCAGCGCCAUCAAGGACGCGCUCAUCGCAGCUUAA